AUGGUAAUGAGUUAUAUAAUCAAAGUUAGAAACUACAAGACAAUGAAAGCGUGUAAAAUGAUCAUGAAUUUUGUGAACAGUCAAGUUAUUGUUUGCAAAGCAACCAAAAAUGACAUUAUGACUGUUUUACAUAUUGAAUCAUCGAAAAGUUUUGCAAAAGAAUGUUUUUUUCAUUCUAUACCAAUUAAUAUUUCAGCUUUGAUGAUGAUUCGAAUUAUGUAA